GGCGUGGACGUGAGCAUGAACACGCACCUGAAGCAGGUGAAGCUCACGCUCAAGGGUAAAAACCCGACGGCGGUCGAACACCUGAGCGUUCGAGGGAACACGAUUCGGUAUUACAUCCUUCCGGACUCUUUGAAUCUGGACACUUUGUUAGUAGACGACACGCCCAAG